CUUCUACCUACCAGUAGGGCCCCUACCAGGGCCCCGGUAGCCCUCCGGCUCCGAGCACUCCAGUUAUCAGCUCCCGGGGCCCAGAUGCCCCGCCCACAUCAGGCCUGGGCUCCGCCCCAGUGUCCCAAGACCCCACCUCCCUGUAGUGGGGGUGGGAAAUGCUUCUACUCUAGGCCUUUUCGUUGGCGCGGGCGGGCCAGCCUGCCGCGGGGAGGGUGAGAGCUCUCUCGGCCGCUCACGGAUUUUCACGAAGCAUAUUUGAUACAGAAUUGUUUGAGUGGUGUCAGACCUGCAGGACCCUGGAGGCGCUUUGCUAAAUUAAGACUCUGCUGCAGAUGGAGGAACUGGAGCAAGGCCUGCUGAUGCAGCCAUGGGCAUGGGUACAGCUUGCUGAGAACUCCCUCCUGGCCAAGGUGUAUAUCACCAGGCAGGGCUAUGCCUUGCUGGUUUCAGAUCUUCAACAGGUGUGGCAUGAACAAGUGGACACUAGUGUGAUCAGCCAGCGAGCCAAGGAGCUGAACAAGCGCCUGACUGCUCCUCCCGAGGCUUUUCUUUGUCAUUUGGAUGAUCUGCUUCGCCCGUUGUUGAAGGAUGCUUCUUGCCCUGGCACGGCUACAUUCUCUUGUGAUCAUGUGGAAGAGGCACUGAUACUACGGGUGCGGAGUGAGCUUUCUGGCCUCCCAUUCUAUUGGAAUUUCCACUGCAUCCUAGCUAGCCCUUCACUGGUCUCCCAACAUUUGAUUCGACCUCUGAUGGGCAUGAGUCUGGCAUUGCAGUGCCAGGUGAGGGACCUAACAACAUUGCUUCAUAUGAAAGAUCUAGAGAUCCAGGACUACCAGGAGAGUGGGGCUACACUCAGCCGAGAUCGGUUGAAGACAGAGCCAUUUGAAGAGAAUUCCUUCUUGGAACGAUUUAUGGUAGAGAAACUACCAGAGGCAUGCAGUGUUGGUGAUGGAAGACCCUUCGCCACAAAUCUGCAGAGUAUGUAUAUGGCAGUCACCAGACAAGCGAUUCAGGUGGGACAGAAGCAUCAUGACGCUGGAGAUCCCGAGACCUCAAGCAGUGCUUUCUCACAUAGAACUGAUAACCAACUUUUGAACCAGGUAGAAGAGCCGGUCUCCUCAACACCAUCCCUCCCAGGACCUGAGACAGAGCCCACAGUUUCUUCAGGCCCUAUGCAGAGACCUCAGCUGUUGAAAGUCAAGAGGAAGAAGCUAAGGGGGCUUUUCAGUUAACUUGUCAGCAUCUCAACUGCUGAGGAUGGACUUGGAGAGUAGUUUCCUAGUGUUACCUUGGAAGGAGCUCCUGUGGCAGCAGCAUCUUUGACACAGAGUUAUACAGUCAGAGACUCCACUGUAAGGGCCAGAUAACUAAAGCUCAUGUUGACAGGCAUGGCUACUGUUAACAAGGGAAUCCUGGCUCCAAUCCACUGGGCACUGGCCUUCCUUGUCUGAGUGAAAGACAGUUUCUGGGAAUCCCACACCCUCCUUUCUUUUAGGGAAGGUUCUCUAGACUUAGGAUCUAUCAUGGACUUUAGGUAUAUGGGGCAGGUCAGCAAAAAGGCACAACAUACUAAGGAAGUCUUGCCUAUCUUUCUAGAGUCCUUAGCUACUCCCAGAUGCUCCUCAGAGACACUCUCUUCUCUAGCACAGAAUAAAAAGCACUCACACUCCUGCUUUUGAGAUUGCUUAUCUGUGGAACAUAUAACCAACCCAUUACUGGAUCCCAGCCCACUAAUGUCUCUGGAUGAAGUCAAGGCCCUUGUCCAAUCCUUCAGGAUUCUUUUUAUGCUUCUCUUCUGUGGCUUGUGCUAAGUCUCCACUGGGGAGCACUGAUCUUGAAACCUCUCUCCAUAGUCUUGUGCCCUAUGGCUUCUGUGCUUCUUGGUCCAGCUUGAUACGGGGUGUUUUUUUUUUUAUCUAUUUCUGAGGCAUAGACAACAGGUUAAACCACAACAUGGGAUUGAAAUGACAAAGAACUGUGAGCCUUAGGGCCAAGUUAGUUUCCUGGAGUGGGAGAAAAAAGAAUUUUGCUCUCCCAUCCUUCACUUCAGAUAGAGUAAAUAGAAGAACUAGAAAAGAUAGGAAGACUGGGAGUAGGAAAUGGCCACGGUUCUCUGGGACCAACAGAACUGACGUAUAGAAUGAAUAGUGCUUAGCAGGAAAAGAUAUAAAGCCUGUAUGAGAUAGACUUUCUCAGUUAGAAGGUCAACUUUUUGGACAAAUUUAGCAAAAUUUGGAACUUCCCUGGUGGUUCAGUGGUCAGGACUAUGUGCUUUCAUUGCCACAACCCCAGGUUCAAUCCCUGGUUGAGGAACUAAGAUUCUACAAGCUACAUGGCUCAGCCAAAAAAAACAAAAACCAAAAACAAACAAAAAAAGAUUUAACAGACCAGCAUUCGUAAAGCUCUUUGGCCUUCUCUGCUAGGUUUUCCUCUAUAGGUAAUACCAUCUGAAUCUUUACCUUGGAGAGACAGGAAGGAGAGUAGAACUCAGACAUUCACUGGGAGCUGUUAGGUAGAGGAAGGGGUCGGGGCAGAACCCACAGAGGCCUUUUCUGUUUUAUUUACUCAUGCUGGUCAAAGGCCUCCUCAGUCACAUCGUCUCUCUUGGCACUGAGAGAGAAAAACAUAAGACUGGUGUUUCUGCCCCCAUGUCAAGUCUUGGGAGAAAGAGGACCAUCCAAGUAAUAAUAAAAUAAUGAUGAUUGUAAUAACAACAAUAAACAGUUACCAUCUAUUAAGCA